AGGAAGAAGAAGAAGAAGAAGAAGAAGAAGAAGAAGAAGGUCUUACAACAAAGAUAGAACCAUGGCACCAUUAGGAUUGAGAUCUCUUGUGGGUUAUAAUGGCUGGGAUUACUGCAUUCUUUGGAAGUUAUCUCGUGACAAAAGGUAUUUGGAGGGAAUAGCUUGUUGUUGCAGUGGAGCUGAAGGGCAACUAGUGUUCCCUGUUGAGUGUUUUUCAGGAGUACAAAUAGCAACACCAUGCAGGGAUGUUAUAGUUCAACAUCCAAGAAUAAGAGCUUGUAAUGCUCUUUCAGAGAUCCCUUUUUCCAUCCCUUUGGAUCCCUUUUAUGGCUUGCAUGGCCAGGUCUUUUUUUCAAACCAACCCAAAUGGAUGAUAUAUUCAAAUAAAACAAGGGUUCUAGUGCCAGUGCAAGAUGGACUAGUUGAGCUAUUUGUUGCAAAACAAGUGUGUGAAGAUCCAUACAUCAUAGGCUUUGUCAUGUCUCAGUGCAACAACACAUCUUCAUAUGAUCAUCAUCAUCUUCAUCAUCUUGGUCAUCAAGACCAAACUCAAGCCAUGGAAGACAUUGAUGUGGGUGGUGUUCAUGACUACACAACAAAGAGUACUAAUAACAAUCCAUGGCUGCCUCCUCAACCAAUGUCCACUGAUCCAUCAUGCUUUCCAUGGGACAACAUCUCAGCUGAGAACCAGUCAAGAAUCUGCUCAUCUCCACUAGACUUGUUCUCCGGAUCAAAAACAAGCACUGAUAUCUUCUUUGAGGGAUCGACAUCUGCUAUUGACUCAAUUGUCGGUAAUGCUAAUAAUAACAUUCAAGACAUGACAGCAUAUCAUCAUCAAUCACAUGUAAUCCCUACCACUACUCCUUCGACACGACACCGGUCGGUGAUUGCCGAGUCCUCAGUCGAUAAAGACCUAGCCAAGCCUGACAAUUCUAGACAAGCCGACUCAGGUGACGAAGAAGGCAGUGAUCAAGCUGCUGACGAUGAUGAUCAGAGAGGAAUAGGCAGGUCAGGCAAACGCCAUCAUUCCAAGAACCUAGUUGCUGAGAGGAAGAGAAGAAAGAAACUCAAUGAUAGACUCUAUGCUCUCCGUUCUCUUGUUCCCAAGAUCACCAAGAUGGAUAGAGCUUCAAUACUAGGAGAUGCAAUUGAGUAUGUGAUGGAGUUGCAGAAACAAGUGAAGGAUUUACAAGAUGAGUUAGAAGAGACAAACUUGGAAGAUGAAGGAGCAAAGCAAAACAGUAGCAACAUGGAGAUGCCACAAAACCCUAAUAAUCCAAUGGACGAAGAUGACUCACCAAAUAGCUCUAGGAUGAUGGCUACCAACACCAAGACUGUUAACAACCAUGAACCUGUUGGACAUGAUGAUCUGAAUCAUCAAAUGGAGCCUCAAGUGGAGGUGAAGCAGUUGGAUGAGGAUGAGUUCUAUGUGAAGGUGUUGUGUGAGCAGAAGAUUGGAGGGUUUACAAGGUUGAUGGAGGCUGUGAUUUCUCUUGGUCUUGAGGUCACUAAUGUUAAUGUUGCUACUUAUCAAAGCUUAGUCUUGAAUGUUUUCAGAGUCAAGAAGAGAGAGAACAACAAUGAAGCAGUGCAGGCUGAGGAGGUGAGAGAUUCAUUGUUGGAGUUGACAAGAAACCCUAACCCUAACUCUAACCUUAACUCAAAUCCAACCUGUGGGUGGAUGGAGGGUGGAGGAGAACAAAACCAAUACAACCCUCACCACAUGCUUAGCUAUCAUGGCAUGAACUAGAGCUUGCUGUUCCUUCUUUGGUAUUUCUAUCUUGAUAACUAUUGGUGUUAUGUUUCUGUGGUGUUUUCUUGUUUUCUUUAUUAAUCAAUUAGAACUUCAACUUUUAA